AUGACAUUGGUUUAACCUUUCCCGCAUUGAUGGCAUUAGUUAUUAUCAACUUUUAAUAUCAAUGAACAAUUUAAUAUUAAUCCAGUUCUUCUUGAAUCAACAACAAAUUGAUUGUGUAAAAAGUAAAACAAUUAAUUAAUCAUGUUCUUAACUAAGUUUUUGAUUACCUUUGGAUUAAUAACAAUUGCAAUUACCGAUCAAUCAGUAAAUGAACAAUUGCCAACUGAUUUAGUUAAUGAUUUAAUGAAAAUCGCUCAACGAAUCGCCGGUGAUCAGGAAAAUAUUUUCAAAUUAACCAAACAAUUAAAGGAGUUUGCUGCUGGUAAUCCUGUUGCCCAACAAUUGAGCUCUAAUCAACGAGCCAUUGAACUUGGUAAUAAAAAUCGCUUAACCCUAAGGGCACCAGAAUCAAAUCAAAUUGGUGGUAAUCCAUUGGUCACUUUACAGAGUCGCAUCAACGCCUUUUUUGAUUCCAUGAAUCAAUUGUUUGAUAACAUGAGACAUAUUCUUGAACGAUUUCCUGUUCCGGAAGACACUGACAUCGACCCAUUGAAAGCGUUACAAACACUAGAGCAACAAUUUAAAUCUAUGUUAUCAGGAUUACGAGUUGACCAGAACGAGACUUUAAUUGCUGAUGUUGAUCAGCAACUAAUCAGACCAUCAGAAAAUGAUAACAAUCAAAUUCAAAUUUAAAUCUCGAAUUUGUCUUAAUAUUAAUCAACUUUUUCUUUCUUGAUUCAAUCUUUAUUUCUUCCAAUAAUUUUAAGCUCUCUUUCUCUCUGUAUCCAUGAUAAUUAAAUAGUCUCAAAGAAAUUUCCAA